AGGAAUCUUUCUAACCCCUACUCAGAAUCUCUCUCUUCCGAUUAAGAGCAAGACCAUGUCAUACCUGGCGCCAGUGCUCGUGAUUGGUGGGCAAGGUGGUGGCAAAUUUGAUUUUGAUGGUAUUGGCAAUGGAGCAACUCUGCGAAAGAUAUGGGUGUGGGCAGGAGGCUGGCAGAUCAAGGCCAUAAAGGUGUGGCUUACUGAUGGCCAGUGCAGGCAAUUUGGAAAUCCUGCCGGGGACUUUAAAGAAUUUACAUUUGAAGAUGGAGAGCACUUCACUUCUCUCUCACUGUGGGGAAAUGGAGCUGGAACACGUCUGGGUGCCAUCAAGUUCAAGACCAAUCGCUCCCCAGAAUUUUUUGCACAUAUGACAGACUGGGGGCUGAAAACAGAAUAUCCAAUUGAUACUGGUUCUGGAAUCUGCGUGGGAGUCACAGGAAGAGCAGGUUCAGACAUUGAUAGCUUGGGUUUCAAAUUUAUAAACACCAUCAAGUCUACUGUGUUAAAGAACAUGAAUUAUCCCACACUUCAUAGUGUGAUACCCAAGGUGGCUGUUGAGGAAAUCAAAUCAAUGACUUACCACAACAAUACUAGUGAGAUGCAAGAAUACAAAAUAGAAUCCUCAAAAACAGUCACCAAAAAGUCAUCCUGGUCUGUGACCAACAAGAUUGAAUUCAACUUCAGCUUUGAAGUGCAGGCAGGCAUUCCUGAGGUUGUUGAAAUAAAAACUGGGUUUGGUUUUACUGUGGGUACUGAAAGCACAUAUAGUUUAGAGAACUCUGAAGAAAAAACUGAGACGUUCUCUUUCUCUUUCAAAGUUCCUCCAGGGAAAGUAGUAGAUGUAGACGUCACAAUUGGCCGUGUCACCGUAGAUCUCCCCUACACUGGCACUGUUCAAAUUACCUGCUUUAACAACAGUGUUCUGGAGUUUCCCAUCAGUGGCACCUACAAAGGUGUCACUUAUACUGAGGCAAAAGCUGUUGUUAAUGAAUCAGCAAAACUGCUGUGAACAGUCUGGAUCUUACUGUUGUCCUUGGAGGGGCUUAGUGAGCUUUGCACAAACAAAAACUAAUUUGUUAAAGAUUCUUAAUAGAAAAAAUUGACAUUGAUUAUGCUAAUGAAAUUUGUAAUGUUAAUGGAGGAUGUUGAAAAUAUGAGUUAUUGAACAACACAUCUCAAAGGUGUAACUACACAAAUAAGGAAUUUGUUAUUAAAACAACUGAAAUAUAAAGUAAAUGUCCCCAGGGGUUGAUGAGGCCAUGUGCAUAUUCGCCUGGGAUAAUAAUUAAUGAGAAACAAACAAAAACAAAAACAAACAAAAAACUACAUUUUAAAACUGAAACGUCAUGUUUGUUUCUUUUUCAUGCUGGUGUCUUACUAUGUGACAUUUAAUUUUUUAAAAACUGUGUGACUGAUUCAGUAAAACAUAUUGUGCAUUGUGUGAGACACAUACAGCAAUGCACAUGUUUCCAAGUCACUAAAUGUUAUACAUCUUGUUUUGUGGUUGAGGGAACUGUACAGGAACAGUUGACAUGGAUGCUCUUUAGUCAGUAGCAGAGCCUGUUCUAGAAAACCAUGUGACCAUUUUUGGGAAAAAUGUUUUUGUUGUGAAAUCAGGUGGUUAAUCUUGUAAACUAACAGUUUUAAACAGGCAGUCCUUACUUCUGUAAUCCCCAGUCUCAAGUGUACUUACGUAGAAAUGAGAAAACAGGAAAUUUAAUAACUGGAUGAUUAUAACUGGGGAAGAAAUGGAUGACAGCAAAACAACUUAAUUAUGCUCAAACUUCCACUUCCUCACUGCCGUAAACCUCUAAGAGAACUCUGUAGGUUUAACGACUGUAGCGGGUAGUGGGAUGAUGCAUGGUGCAUGGCGCCAGGAGUCACCGGUACUGGUAUCAGUUAAAACUGAUCUGACUGUAUAUGGCCCCAGAUGGGCUUUAGCCUACUGCCCUUAA